CAGACUGACGCACAGACAGGCUGGCAGGCAGACAGACAGGUGUGUGCUGCAGAACAUCCAGAAACAUGGGUGACCUUAGAGGAGUGGGAGUGACCCCGUCCUUCAACCAGUCCUCAGUAUCCAACAAUUCGACUCCCUGUGAACAGGUGGACACCUCAGGCCAUGUCUUCUUCAUGGUGAUCUACAGUCUGAUGUUUGUGGUUGGUUUGAUCCUCAAUGGUUUCACCCUGAAGGUUUACUUCUGCCAGUCUCAGCAGAUGAUGUCCAGAAGUGUGACCAUCUACCUAGAACCUGGCAGCUGCGACUUCCUGAUCAGCCUCUGCCUCCCCAUCCGAAUAGCUCACCAUGCCAGCCGCUCUGUCCCCAUCUUACGAUUCUACUGCAACUUUGGUGCCUCCGCCUUCUACCUGAACAUGUACGCCAGCAUCCUGUUCAUGGGCUACAUCGCAGCUAACAGAUAUAUGAAGAUCAUCCAUCCUUUAGGAACUCACAUCCUGCGGACGGUGCGAGCCACCCACAUCAUCUCCACGGUGACCUGGGGUUUCCUCUUGGCCACGAUGAGCACCUACAUCACCCUGUCAGUCUUCACCCAGGAAAAUGUGACCCACAUCCCCAACAACACAGGAAGCUGUGAAGUCCUGCACAGUAAACAGCUCAGCCUGUUCUACAAACUCGUCCACUGCGGCUCGGCUGUCAUCUUCCUGUUCGUCCUCGUCUCCCUGGUCUUCUUCUACUACAGCACCUCCCGCAGGCUGUCGCUGGCACAGCAGAAGCAGCCAGCGUCCCCCAGCAACAAGAAGCUCGCCAGGUCGCGCAGGAACAUGUUGGUGCUGGUCAGCGUCUUCUGCGUUUGCUUUGUACCUUACCACCUGGUUCGGCUUCCCUACGCUUUCCUGAAGAGGACUGAAGGAGCUGACCAGGUGUUCUUCUACCUGAAGGAGCUGACCAUUGUGGUGUCGGUUCUCAACGUCUGUCUGGACCCUUUCAUCUAUUUCAUCUUCUGCAAGGCCUUCAGGGCCCAGCUGGGCCUGAAGAGGGCGUUCAGCACCACACAGACCUUAACUCAUGGAGGAAACAACGAAAGGAGGAGUAGCAUCGGGCAGAGCACCAACAGAAUCAAGAGGAAGACGUCGCUCAGCACGACGUCAAAGCAGACCGGCGUUCUGUAGCUUGAGGCUAACCGACACCAACACCCAUGACUUCACAGAAAGUCUUCAGGCUUCUUACAGACUCGCAGUUGGAUUAUUUAGUCUUGGACUUCAGCGGACCGUGCAGAGGAAGCAGAUACAGUUUAGUUUGAAGGACCUCAUGUAGUGUUUCAUGACUUAUAAACAUCAUUGUUUGCUGAGUGUGUCUGCAUGAUCUGUUGAUAACUCUGCAGGUCUUCAGUUCACAUCAGUACGUGUAAACUGUCCUGAUUAUCCUGUACCGCAGCACAAAUAUGUUUCCAGGAACUCGUCCCCGAGCUGACAACAAAUAAAACCUGUUUGAAACAAGUUAUGUGGUUUUAGUUAUGUAAAUAUCAGACUUGGCUUUACCUUUCAAUACACACUGAUAUUCAAAAUAGUUCCUGGAACAUCUGCAACAACAACAACGAGCUUUAGAGGAAAUAUAUGAAUUCAAAUCUAAGAGGGUCAAAUAUUUCUGUUUUUGUUGACAUGUUUAUGUCUAAAUGUGUAUGUGUGCAAUAUACGUCAUUACAUUAAUAUAUUAAAUAUUCAGAAACACAUGUUAAAUGCAUGAUUUUAUUGUAUAUAUUGUGUUUGUUACAUCAGAAUUACAUAUAUUAUUUUAUUAAUGUUGUUGAUAUUGGUUUUAUUAAAGUAUUUUGAACAUGUGAGAAAGUUGAAGUAUGAUUUAGUGUCAUUGUCCAAACUCACUGUAUGAUUAACAGAAAUACAUGACUUUAUUCCAU